AUACUAUAAUCGGUACACACUACACAGUUGACAGUACACAGAGGCGGAGGCGACAGUUCGACAGAGCACUCAGAGCAGGGCAGCAGGCUCCGAUCGACCGAUAAGCUGUCAAAUCAAACUCAGGUUCCACGGCUUUGGUAAUACUAAUACCAGUUAAUACCCAUAUGGGUGAAAUGUGGUGAUAGUGGUGAUACACAUACGUCAUCGAUACCAUUUACAAUGGAAGCAGAAAUUGAACUACACUUUUUAAAAAAAUUCCAAUUUAAACAACUUGUACAAAGUUCUUGGUCCUGCAGAAAUCCAUUCGGUAAUUGUUCAUGGAAGAUUCCAGAAUUGGAAAGUUUGAAAUAUCAUUUAAAUUGUACCAAAGGUCUUUUAAGUCAUAUGGAAGCAUCAACAUGGCAUGACCAUACAAAUUACACCAACCAUGCAGCUGAUAUUUUCCACAAAGUUAAAUGUGAUAUUAAUCCAGAGCUAUUAACACAGGCCUGGUUGAAGUUUUAUGAAUGUCUGGCUCAGUUUGAUUUAGUUGGUGAACUACCUCAGCAUAGUUCUGUGUUUCAAAGUGUUCAUUUGUGUGAAGCUCCAGGAGCCUUUAUUACAUCCUUGAAUCAUUUUCUUCAAUUACGCUAUCCAUUUUUGGAGCUGAAAUGGUCGGCAAUAACUCUGAAUCCCUACUAUGAAGGAAAUUUUAGGAAAUCAAUGAUUGGAGAUGAUCGUUUCAUUUCUAGUACCUUGAAACACUGGAAUUUCGGAUUUGAUGAUACAGGAAACAUAAUGGAAUGGUGUAAUGUUAAAGCCAUGUUGAAAAAGCCUCAUCAUCAAGUGAAUCUUGUAACUGCAGAUGGAAGUGUUGAUUGCGCGGAUAAUCCGGGUGAACAAGAAAACUAUCUCGCACCUUUACAUUGGUGUGAAACAAUAUCAGCCUUAUUAAUAUUAAGCAAUGGUGGUUCAUUUAUUUUGAAAAUGUUCACCCUGUUCGAACAUACUUCGGUUUCUCUUCUGUAUUUACUAAUGAUGUCAUUUGAAGAACUUCACGUAUUCAAACCAUGCACAAGUAAAGAAGGAAAUUCGGAAGUAUACAUAAUUGCACUUCGCUACAUUAAAACGGAACAUGUGGAUAACUUGUUGCGCAUAAUUCAGUUACAGGUUUAUGAAAGGAAAACAGAUGUUUCUUUGAAUGCUUUGUUUUCUUUAGACGAAAUUCCCGAAGCCUUCUUACAUGACAUCAUUAGCUGCGCGACGCUGUUCAAGAAACACCAGGAACACGCUAUUUUGCGGAACCUGACACUUUAUAAUAUCCCGUUCGAAGAAAAAGAGUUGGAAAUCAUCAAAAAGAAAAUUGCAUAUCGUUACAUGCAAAAGUACUGCUUGCAACGAAUUCCACUUUCAAAGCAAAUCGUGACCACUAAAAUUCAAAAAUUGACAUUUUUGGAUAUUCAGCUUGGCCGCAUUAAGCGUCAUAACAUAAUGUCUUCCUUCUUUAAUCUAAACGAAGUUUUACACUUACAAUCAGAACUGAUCGAAAUCAAUGAUCUUCUUGAAAACUUAAAAAUUCGAAAGUGGAUCAAUGUGGAAAAAGAAGAUUGGCAACAAAACAUAAAAUAUAUCCACGGGAAAUCCUAUGAUAUUUUACGAAACUCAAAAUUUUGUCAUGAGCAUAUUUUUUAUGUUUUUGAAAGCAUUGCCAACACAUCUUCAGAACCAAAAUUCAACUCUUCCUUUUGUAAUGCACUGCUCCAAAGAGAACAAACUAGUUUACUUAAUACUUUCUUAGAUUCUAGUUCCACGAUUCGCGAAGGGGAGGAUUUUGAACUAAAAAAACCUGUAUUGUCUAGAUUUGCUGUGGCUACUGUGUGGAUCAUGUCUCUUCUAUUUUCCCAAAUUGAAUGUCACGUCAAGGAUGAACCAAUACUUCGUUUCGUAGGUUAUAAAGAAGUACCCGAAAUCAUGAAAUGGAUGCGAGUUCUCGAUCAAGAAUUACUGAAUUUUGUCGACAUUUCAACUCUUUGCCGGGGCUCAUUUUCUGAUUUGAUAUUACUUUAUAACACGAAGUUGCUCUUGCAGUUUUCCUUGUCUUCAACAAGUACUAUGUCUGCUUAUUGAACACGAAGCAUUUCCUAAUUGAAUUUGAAGGUGUGAUCUAUUUUAAUAAAAUUAAGAAAAUCAUUA